GAUGGCGGCGGAGAACCACUGCGAUUUCCCGGUGCCCCCGCUCGGCGGCCUCAGCUUGGGCGGCCCGGGCGCGCCCUGCCGCCGCUGCAGCUCCGCGCCGCCCCCCGGCGCUGUGCCUGGCAAGUGGGUGCGACUCAAUGUGGGGGGCACCUGCUUCUUGACCACUCGGCAGACGCUCUGCAGGGACCCCAAGUCCUUCCUGUUCCGACUCUGCCAGGCCGACCCCGACCUCGACUCGGACAAGGAUGAAACAGGCGCCUAUUUAAUAGACAGAGACCCAACCUACUUUGGGCCAGUGCUGAAUUAUCUCAGACAUGGGAAACUGGUUAUUAACAAGGACCUAGCUGAGGAAGGUGUACUGGAAGAGGCUGAAUUUUACAAUAUCACAUCACUAAUAAAACUGGUAAAGGACAAAAUAAGAGAAAGAGACAGCAAAAUCUCACAGGUGCCGGUCAAGCAUGUGUACAGGGUGCUGCAGUGCCAGGAGGAGGAACUCACUCAAAUGGUCUCCACAAUGUCUGAUGGCUGGAAAUUUGAACAGCUUGUCAGUAUAGGUUCCCAGUAUGGCUGUGGUCGGGCCCAGCAGGCAGAGUAUCUGCUGAUAGUGUCACGGGAAGUGAAAGGGGAAGAGAGAUGCUUCCAGAAAUGCUGCAGUGAGCUGGUUAGUAUUGGUUCUUCCUAUAACUAUGGCAAUGAAGAUCAGGCUGAAUUUCUGUGUGUUGUCUCAAAAGAAUUGCAUAACACUCCCUAUGGCACAACCAGUGAACCCAGUGAAAAAGCAAAGAUUUUGCAAGAAAGAGGAUCCAGGAUGUGAAGACAAUAUCGAAUGCUGAAGAUUUUUUUUUCUCUUUUAUUCCAAGAAGCAGUGAAUUGUCGCAUUGAAGAGGCUUGGCUGCAAAAGAAAAAAUCUGAUUUAGACAAUUUUCUGUUGAUCUGGGUUCAACCAUUUUUGCCUAUAAGCUGGUAUAAACUGGCUGAAAGCAUUGCAAGAUUACUUAGUGGGAAUAGAUGGUGUGAGAGUGUGUGUUAAGUUUUGGUUGUAGUGCGUGGUUAUACUCUCUUAUGGGCUGGCUGACAUUGGUCAUUUGAAUAGAGGUGACCAUGCACUCAUAUUUUUCUCUGAGACAUGUAGCGCUUACGCCUGGUGCUGGAUGACCCAAUGUUGAUCAGUUUGAAGAGUUUUUCUUACUAAUCGUUUUAAACAUUUAAAGGACAAUGUAACUGGUGCUACACACACACACACACGCACGUACGCAUGCAUUACAGCCCACAAAUGUAAAUUUAGGGGCCUACAUUGUUUUGGAUUCGGUGGCAGCUCCUGGUGACUCUCUUAUACUGCACAUUCCGUAUGGCUCUGUGACAUAUUCUGUCAUGUAACAACAGCAGAACAGCCUAGGAGAUCAACUGAAACUAGUACAUAAAAUGUUACACCACAGACAAAAGUGUUUUUUUCUCAAGGAAGGAUGUAUAUAUCAACUUAGUGACUGGGUUUAUGGCAUAUUUUAAUACUCAAAGAGAAGAGGAAACUCAGAGAAAGUGUCCUUCGUUUGAGUCAUUCUUGAUACUCCUGUCCAAAGUGUUCUCCUGCAAAAGUUAUGCUCUGGUUUUAGCCAGGAGUUUGUGAGGGGAAUCAAAAUUCACUUAAAAUGAGCAACUGAGCAUUUUGUUUCUUUUGAAAUCGUUGUAGUCAAGUGUGUGUUUAUACUUCUAAAAAUGGCUACAAGUGUUGAUCUCACUGUGGAUUUUGGUAAAGAUUUGUAAGAGAACUGGGGGUUGCAUAGAAAUAUGGCUGGCUAGUCCUACAUUCUUAUGAGUGGGUUUAAGAUCAACAUUGAAUGUGAACACAAGAUCAUCCAAUUAAAAAUCUUAAUUAUUUUGGAUAUCAGGAUACUUAAAAUCAGUCUAUCUUUCUAUACUGUUUCAACUAUGCAGUUAAAGAACACUGUUUGAAAACAUCUGGUGCAGCUUUAUUAGGUUAUGUCCUUGAUAAAGGCUAAUACCCAGACUGGAGCUUUUUAAUAUGCUAUGUUUUAAGCAAAAUCUUCAGCACAUUUUUGAAAUACUUAAUUGAUAGGAUAAAAUUCAGCUUCAUUAAUACAUGUAGCUGAAAGCAGCAGAAAGAAGUCUCAAAAACCUGUAAGAUUGCUUAGAAUUCUAAAAGAGUAAAUAAAAAUAAAUCUUUCACUCUCAGUAAGUUCAGAAUUUAAGCAUAUGCUCUAGGUAAUCCUUUACACACAAACCUGACUGUCAGGCACCUAGGGUCUGCCUAUUUUUUUUUUUUUUAAACUUAAUGUAUAUUGAUAAAAGAUGGGCAGAAAUAAUUUGUAAAAGCAUUUCUACAAAGCAGGUUAAGCAGUGGGCUAAAUGUUUUGUCCAUGCAUCUAGUGCUAGAAAGCAUUAGUGCAUUUUGCCACUUGGAUGUGGUCUGCGCAGGAAGCUGCUGGCCUCUCCAUAACACAUAAAAUGUUUGUCUUUUUUUAAGAUGUUAAGACUGAAUUGAAUUUACUAAAAUGUAAUUGCGUAGGGGGGGAAUGUUUAUACUUUUAUACUUUUUUAGGCACCCGUAUUUUAGCUGCUUAAAUUUAGCACCCAAAUUUCCCCUAAAUAGUAACAGAUAAUCUUAUGUAUUUGAAAAUAAGCAUAAUGGUUGUCUUUGUUAACUGCAUAUUAAAACAUUUCCUCUGAUACAGUAAUCACUGUGUUUUUAGACAAUGUGGCUUCAUCAUAUUCUCUGGGCUCUCUAGCUCAUGGAUGUGCAGCCAACUAGGUUUCUUGUUCUUUACUUGCUGUGCUGUACAGAAUAAUUCAGCAUUGGCAUGUGUGGAUUUUAAUGCCUAAAAUAACUGUAUAAUAAUCCUGAAUCUGCAUUUGUGUUUUCUGUUUUAUUUAACACAAAAUGACAGAACGAUUUAAUUCAUCAGCUGAAAGAAUGAGAACAGCAAAGCAUGAGUAACAAAC